GAACUAAUAAUUGCUACACUUCACCUCUUACGUCGCGAAUUGUGACGUUCCUCGGCUACUUUGUACAUUCGCUUUCUUGUAGUCGGAAGCAAAUCCCAGUUCACAGCCGCAUUACUUCUGUUGGCACAUGCUUAAUAUGAAGUAGUUCAGGGGAUAAAAACAUGGAGCCUGCAAUCGAAUUAAAGCCUGGUGUCUCUAAGUGGGACAUUCGCCAGAAAGUUUGGGAUUAUAUGGAAGCAAACAAUUUGGCAAACUUCCCAAGACCCGUUCAUCACAGAAUUCCUAAUUUCAAGGGAGCUGCCCAGGCUGCAAGAAAUUUGCCAAAUUUGCAAGAGUUCAAAAACGCAAGGAUCAUCAAAGUAAAUCCCGACAAACCACAAGAAAAUGUCCGUUUGCUCACUCUUGAAGCCAGAAAGACAUUGUUGGUUCCAACUCCUCGGCUCAAGGCUGGACUAUUCAACAAAAUCACCCCACCCCCUGGGGCGUCGAAGGAGGUGCUGCGUGUGUGUUCUACUGCUCAGGGAGUAAAAGAUUUCAGCGUACCUAUUGGACUUGAUGCAAACAUUCAUGUGGACCUGGUUGUAGUAGGAUCUGUGGCUGUAUCAGACAAAGGCUGGAGAAUUGGAAAAGGCGAGGGCUUUGCUGACCUGGAAUAUGCAAUGAUGGUUUCGAUGGGAGCAGUUGAUGAGAACACCGUUGUUGUCACCACAGUCCAUGACUGUCAGUUGCUUGAUAUCCCAGAAGAACUAAUGGACAACCAUGAUCUAACUGUAGACUACAUCCUUACACCUACUCGAGUGAUAAAAACAAACUGUAGCCGUUCCAAGCCUCAAGGAAUUAUAUGGUCGAAGGUGGAUUCGGAGAUGAUGGAAAAAAUUCCAAUCCUUAAAAACCUUCAAUUCAGGGAAGGAAAAGCAGGAAAGGAUGUUGCUCUGAAGGAUGAAAUGCACACAGAGAAGAAAGAACUCCACAGUCUGUUAGAUCAAAGAAUGUCGUCAGGGAAAGGGGGAAGUGCAUUCAAGGUUAAAACUAACACAAUGGAAAUGGCCAGAAAUACUGAAGCUAGUGAAGAACAAAUAGAAUCUAGCUGUCAAAAGCAGCUUAACGCUCCAACCAGAGUUACUGCAGUUUAUAUGGGUAACCUACCUCGGAGCCUGAGAGUCAGUGAAUUAAAGAAUAUCUUAAGAGAGCACAAUGCAGUUCCAUUGCGUCUUCGUUGGCAGGGUGCCCAGCACAGGGUUUUUCUUGAUUAUAAGGAUGAGUUCACUGCAAGAGAAGCUGUAACCUCCCUGACUGGGCUAAGCAUAAGUGGGAAUAUAAUUAAAAUUGAACUUUCCAAGUGUCAAAGAGACAAUAGAUCUAAACAUCAAAGCACUGAAAAAAACGAGCAGCCAAUAACCUGAGUCCAAACCAAAAACGUCAGCAGCAAAUUUCACACGUAAUUAUGUUUUAGAAGAAUCGAUCAUAUCGAGAAGUGCAAGGUGCAACAGAGGCAGCUUAUUAAUAAUUCUAUUUUGUAUAUAGUGCCUCAUUUGGACAUGAAAGACCAGUUCAACAACCUGAAAGAAUACACAUUCAUGAACAGCCAAUGAAAUUAGAAAAGUUUGAUAAGUGCCUAUUCUGCUGUGGUACAGAUAUUAUUGGCCAGAUACUACUAUCUGUAUGUGAUAGCUGACAUAACAUGGUUACAUAUAUAAAUAUUAGAAAGCACAUUAAAUACUGUAGGGCCUUUUGCAGUAGUGUCCCUACCUCUGGACCAGGCAAGUCAUACCUACUCCAGAUGUGGGAUGUAACACUGAACAGACUGAAUUGAAAAUAUCUUUGAAAUAUUACAACAGACAUUGCAUUUAUUUUCUGUUCAGCUUUAUAGAAAACUUCAAAUGAACAUAAAUGGCUUUGUACUCAGGGUUAAAUGAUACAUAAGUGAUUUUUUUUGUUAAUUGUUGACACUGCUUAAGUUUACUCUCUACAAAUUAUAAGCUUCAAUAAUUUCCUGGUGUCCACCUUUUUAUUUUGGGAAUUUAUGGAAUCCAGUAACUUUUCUGUGAACCUUAAAAAUAUGGUCCAUCAGAACUUUACAAUAAUAGGAUUGUUUCACAUACCUUAAGUGGCCAGAAGACUCUUAACAGAAGCAGGUGAUACAGACCAUUCAGGAAGCAUGUUUUCUGAGGAAAUAAAUUUCUUGAGAGACCUUUUGAAAGCUAUUUCACAAGCAAGGCCAGGGUAGAGCCCAUUAAUGUCAUCUUGGAGAGGAAAAGCGUUUUACUGGCUCACGAGGUAAAAGUCCCAUAGGUCAGAUGACAGCAUGUCAGACAAGAAAUCACAGACGAGUUGCAUUGAAUCCAUUGUCACUAGGUUUGAACAGAAGUCAAAAAAAAGCUUCACAACAAGAAAAAAAAGGCAUCCAAUAAAUUCAUGGCCAAAGAAGCACCAUAUGUAAUUCUUUAUUCUGCAAAAGCCCUGUUACCUUGGUAUGAACUGAAUAUAUGACUGAUGGAAUAAAUGCAAAUGCAUAGACAUUGAUUUAGAGGUGAAUGGUCAGGACUGCUGUCCUUUAGGGAAAGGAAUAUGUUUUUUCUUUCCAGUUCACUCCAUCCCUAGUUGCCCUUGAGAAAUUGUUGGUGAGCUGCUGAAAUCCAUUUUGUACUAGCACAUCUGCAAUGGCGUUGGGAAAGGAGUUCCUGGAUUUUGACCCUGGAUCCAGAAUCUCCACGGUGCAGAAAAAGGCCAUUUAGCCUAUCAAGUCUGUACCAACCCUACAAGGAGCAUCCCACCCAGACCUAGCUCCUCUACCCUAUCCAUCAUGCCUAAUCCACCUCGCCUUCACAUCCCUAAACACUAUGUACAAUUUAGCUCAGCCAAACCACCGAAACUGCACAUCCAUGGAUUGUAGGAGGAAACAGGAGGUUCUGCCUGAAACCCAUAUAAAAACUCCACAUAGGCAGUCACCCAAGGCCGUAAUCCAGCUCGGAUCCCUGGCACUGUGAGGCAGCAUUGCUAUUCCAGUGUGCCACCCAUAACUACUGAGCCAACAAGUCUGGAUGCUGAGUAGCUUCGAGGUGAAUCUCUAACUUGUCUGGCUUUUAAUGAAUGGCAUAUGUGCCUCUGUUUACACAGCACAGUUCGACUCUUGAUAACUAGAAAGUGGCAACAAUUGCUUGUGGAGAGUAUUUCACACAUUUUGAAAAAUUAGAAGGUUGUAUCUUUUGAAUGAGCUUGCAUUGCAUGAAGAUUGGCAGAGAAAAAUUACCUUCUGCCUUUGAAACUGUACUCCAUAAGUGAGGAAUAUUUUGCUGUUGUAGUUUCACGGAGAGCCUUUUUUGUAGCCAUCACAUUGAAUGAAUAGUUGGUGUUUGUUAAGCUUCAAAAUGCUUAAAUGGCCUCAAAGGGAUGUAGCUCUGUUUCAACUUCAGACUACUUCAGUGUGUGAGAAUAUUUUUAUUUUAUUUUCAUCAAAUGGAGUGACAAUCAGGUAGGUUAACAGACCUGCAAAUUAUGUCACCGGGCAGUGACAUAAUAGUUCUCAUGACCGACCCUAGCGAGUUGCCCAAUUGGUAGUUGAACGUUACCAAUUCAAUUAGCCUAGUGAUCUAGUACCACACAAGAAGACCAUUUCAAGUUAGCAGAGGAAUUUAGGCCAAGUGCUAGUCACAAUAAAUGCUUUGUAAUCUCUUUAACGAGCAGUAGCAGAUUACAUAAGUGACGAGUAGCUACAGAACUAUCAUCCAAAUGCCUGUUGCUGGAAUACACUUGAAUUCUUUGUCCUUCAGUAAACCCAGGCCAAAACAAUAUUGCAGCUCAGGACUCCACCUUCAUCUCUGAAGCUGUUUAGCACUUGAUCUAUCAGUUACUUGACUUUUAUUGAUCCCUAGAAAGGUUGUUAGUCUACUCAAGUGCAGUUUUGAUUCAAACUAUGUUAAAGGCAGAUUUCUGCCUUUCUCGUUUUCACCAAGGGAGAGGUUAGAUAUUACAGGUUGGGGGUAGAGGGGAGAAUGUUCCAGAAAGUCUGAUUGAUUAAAAUGGUAAAGCAUCAUUUAAUUAUUCUGACGGGCAAUUGGAAUAAUAGCAUUAAGUAAAUGGAAAUAAUGAAAUAUAAUGUGUAAAAAUGUCUUCUGUAUAAACAAAGGCAAAAGUAUUGCAGGUGUUGAAAAAUUGAAAUAAAAACAAAGUGCUGGAGAAACUUAGCAGGUCUGGCAGCAUCUCUGGAGUAUGGCAAUUAAAAUACUUUUCACUUUUUUGUAAAAAUACAAAUGUCAAUUACUAUUCUAUUCUGG